AUGGUAGGUAGUAUCUUGGCCGUCAGAGGCGUUUUGCUUUUGAAUGGAGUUUUCACGAGGAGUUUUACGUCUACUAGUGCUGCGCAGGGACUCAGAGCCAUUAGGUUUCUAAAGGCUCAGAAGAGGAAACAGAAGAAUGAAGCUAGACAGGCCACUUUGCAGAAUGCAUUGGAUCGUGUGGAUCCCGUACUGGGGCGUCGGGAAACGCCUUUUGUUACUCGUGUGAUGGCAGAGUUGAAAGAACCAUCCGUUCUAAGCUCUGGUUACGAAAUUAACGAAGUUGAGAAAUUAUUGGCUGCAGUGGAAUCGACUAAAGCUGAGCAAUUGAAGUUGUCGUCAAUGAAUGAGCAAUUGGUGGAACCUGAAAGUUUGGAAUCGCUUGAGGCUAGGCGUGAAGCACUAUUAAGGAUUCUAAGUUUGAAAAAUGCAGACAACAAAAAUGCAAUGAAAUUGGCAGUCAAAUUGGCUCGUGAAGAGUUUCAAAGGUUCCCAGGAGAUUCAGGUUCCAGUGAAGUGCAGGCUGCGUGUAUGACAGUGCGUAUACAUAACAUGGUUGACCAUGUGAAGGAGCACCACAAGGAUUUUGCAAAUACAAGGAAUUUGAGGAUGCUGGUACAACAAAGGCAGAGUAUUUUAAGGUACUUAAAGAGAGAUAACCCAGAAAGAUACUAUUGGACUAUACAAAAGCUGGGGCUUUCAGAUGAAGCUGUCACCCAGGAGUUCAACAUGGACAGGCGUUACAUGCAAGACUUCAAAUUUUUUGGUGACAAGAUCCUGGUCAAGGAUUCAAAGAAAGUGGCGGACCAGAAACGUAGAGAGCUAAGAAAGCAAAAGAGGGUAGCGAGAUCAGUAUGA